AUGAAGGAAGGAGCCUUCGCCCCGUGUGAUGGUAAGUCAGAGUCUUGGAUUGAUGAAAAAAGGAAGUUCGGCCUGGGGUUUGAGAUAUUCACAAAAGAGUUUCAAUCUGCAAGGCUUGAGAGGAUAAAGCAACUCCAAGAGAAGAAGCUCGCCAUGGAAGCUAGGACAACAAUCAUCAAUGAGAGGAAGUCGAAAGUGAAAGAGUCAAUGCUAGCUAAUAAAGAAAUGGAUGAUGUGGUCGAUUUUAUUGAUAACUCUAUUGGUGAUGUAUUUUAUAAGGACCUGUUUAUCCUUAACCUUUUUGACAUUGCGGACGAGUUAGCCGAUAAAUGUAAUGAAAUGCAUCUCAAUUCUGCUUACUUAGAUGAUGCUUUAUCUGAUGACAUGCCAGGGGUAGAUAGAGAGAUAGCUGAGCAUAAGAUUCCUACUUACCUAGAGGUCAAGCCUGUCAUGCAAAAGCUCCACAGACUUCGACCAGAAUACGCUCAAUUGGUCAAAGAUGAAAUCCAAAAGCAGAUAGAGGCCAAGUUUCUAGAGGAACUAAUGCAUCUGACAUGGUUGGCCAAUGUGGUUCUGAUUCCUAAGAAAGAUGAAAAGGUUCGGGUUUUUGUAGAUUAUAGGGACCUCAAUAAGGCUUCGCCCAAAGAUAACUUCCCUCUACUGCAUAUAGAUAUCUUAGUGGAUAACACAACAUCUCAUGCCAUUUAUUCCUUUCUGGAUAGAUUUUAA